ACGCGUAAUAAACUCCGAUUGGUGGGGGGCAAAAUCCACUUCAUCUGUUUUGUUUCACAGUUUUCAAGUGCCUUUCCUGGAAAAUUAAAUCCAAGUUAUAAAUUGCGUUUUCUGGUUCAUAAAAAUUGCGAAAAAUAGUUUAAACUUGGGUUGGGAUAGGUGUGACACGAUUGCUUUCUCAGCUGGACCGGAAAUGAGCAUCUCCAAUUAGCUUCAAUAAAAAGUCGGAGUCAGCAGCACGAGACAAAAAUGUGGAAACUCUGCAACAUCAGUCGUAACCAAUACUUCCUGGUGGGAUUGCUCGUCGGGUUUCUCUACAGCUACUACAUGCCCCAAGACCUGACGGAGAUCGUCACCGAAUGCCCGGAGGCAACCGCCAAAGACCAGUUGCUGGGCGAGGAAGCCAAGUACGGCAAUGAGUUCGAACCGCAACUCAAUUUGGAGCAGAAACCGAUGAUUGCCAAGAAGCAGGUGAAGAACAUCGUCCGGCCGAGAUAUUACUACACGGAGCUCGGAAUCCGAGAGAAGCUGUUCGUCGGGGUGAUGACAACGCAAGAGAACAUCGAUUCCCUGGCCACUGCGAUCAACAAAACGUCGGCGCAUUUGGUCAACAAAAUUAAGUUUUUCAUCAACGCUGACAAUGUGAAGAGCAAUUUCAAGCUGAAGAACAUUGUCGGAUUCACGGAUACCCGGGAGAAUCUGAGGCCGUUUCAUGUCCUCAAGUACAUAGCAGAUAACUAUUUGGACGAUUAUGAUUACUUUCUGCUGGUGACGGAUACGGGCUACAUUAAUGCAAGGCUUUUGAAAGAACGACUCUCGCACAUCAGCAUCAGCUUUGAUAUCUACAUGGGAACGGCUCAUGGUACGGCUUUAAACGAAGACGAGGACAAGCCUUCCGACUCGCAGUAUUGCGAUCUCCACGCGGGUAUCGUUCUCAGCAGUAGUGUCAUCCGGAAGAUGCGCGCCAAUCUGGACUGGUGCGUCCGCAGUGCGGUUUCCAAUCAGCAUAACCUGAACAUUGGCCGUUGCGUGAAAUACUCCAGCAAGAUCGACGGAUGUCAGCCAUCCUGGCAGGACAUCAACGUCACCAGUUACAAACUGAACAGCUACAAAAUCUAUCGGGACCUGCAUCUCAUCAAGCAUGAAGAUUCAUUCAAUAAAGCCGCUGUCGUCUAUCCCAUCACCACGGCAGAUGAUUUCUAUCUCCUGCACGCGUAUUUUUCCCGUGUCCAUUUGGAACAGAUCAACCAGGUAAAGCAGCAGAUCCACGAACAAGCUUUCACCAUCUCGAACGGAUCGCUCCCAAAUGACAUUCUUGAAGUACGGUGGCCUUUGGGUGUCCCGAAACCGAAUCCCCCAGAGUCGCGCCACGACAUCGUCCCCUGGACGCACCUCAAUCUCACCCACUCUUUUAUGUGGAACUCGGAAAUAAACGUACGCCCACUGUCCACCGUGGACUCUGAAGACAUGCAGAACAUCCUCAACAAAACCAUUCUGGAGGCGUACCGCACCAAUCCGGACCUGGAGUAUCGCAGUGUGCACUCGGCCUACCGGAAGUUUGAUGCCGUCCGCGGAAUGGACUAUCGGAUGCAUCUGAACUUUUACGACCGGAAGCGCCGGGAAGCGGUGCUCAAAUCUUUCGAAGUUGUCAAACCCAUCGGGUUGAUCGAGAUUGUUCCAUCGCCGUACGUGACCGAAAGCACGCGAAUCGCGAUCCUGCUGCCGACCUUCGAGCAUCAGGUCCAGGAAGCACUGCAGUUUGUGCAAAACUAUGAGCACGUCUGCAUGGUCAACCAGGACAACACGUUUCUUAUGCUGAUCUUCUACUACCGAGCGGACACGCCCAGCAAAGGUGACGAAGAUGUCUUCCUUCCGCUGAAAAAUCUCGCCCUCGGACUCACCGAAAAGCACAAACACGACGGAUCUCGGAUCGCGUGGGUCUCCAUCCGGCUGCCUGCGGAACUGAGCGCACCAUUCAAUCUGAACCACCUCUACUCCACCUCCCUGUACGGGCCGAACCAGUUGUUGAGUUUUGCGGCCACCGAUCUGGCACUGCGUAAAAUUGGCCUCGACAGCCUGGUCAUGAUCUGCUCCAGUUCGGUCACCUUCCGGUCGGAUUUCCUCAAUCGCGUCCGGAUGAACACCAUCGCCGGUUUUCAGGUGUUCAGUCCGAUCGGGUUCACCAUGUACCCCUGCCGGUGGACCAAACUGUGCAAGGAGUGCGAUGGAUGCGACGUCGGUCAAAGUAGCGGCUAUUUCGAUCGGGCCAACUAUGACGUGGUUUCGUUCUACAGCCGCGACUACGUGGAAUCGAGGAAACUGCUCGAACAGCAGCUGCCGAUCGUUCGGAGCGAUCGGGACAUUGUGAAUCUGGUUAAUUACACCCAGGAGGAUGGGAUACAGAAUGUGGCGGAGUUGUUCGUGAGGGCCAACACAAAAAUCCACGUGCUUCGAGGCAUUGAGCCUAAUUUGAGAUUGGGACGAGCGAUGGAGAACUUCCUCGCAACGGAUCCCGAGGGUGAGCAACUGAUGGCCCUGCGGUGUGAGGAAACGAAUGAAGACAGAUGCGUUAGAAUCGCUUCCAAGAAACAGAUAGGAGACGUUUUGGUGCAAUACGGAAACACUCAGAAGGAGAACGAAGUUAAAAAGUAGCGGUGGGGCAGCAGAAAUGAGGCGAAGACGGGAGAAAAUCUUAUACAGGUAUGUUGGUAGCAUUUUUAGUCGACUAGAAAUAUUUUCCGAUAAAAACUAAAUCCAUUGCCAAAUGUUUAGAAUAUUCUGCGAAAUCGUUCAACUUGAAUUUGAACGAAUCUAAAACUGACCAAACCCAAAGUGAUUAUUGGUCCUGUAAAUGGUAACAGAGAUUUCAAAUCAUUUUGCUAUUUUAUGUAACAAAAUUCUUAUUCGUAUUGACUGAAAGCGAUUUCGUAAUCAUCGUCUGACAGUCUUUCCCAAAUAGUAUUGUGUGCUGGACGAAAUGUUAGGAUAAGCCAUUCAACAUACAUUCAAGAACCGCUGCUCUGAAGCAUUAAGAUAAUAAUAUUAUGUGAGGUAAGGUAAGAAGAACUCAUUAUUUACUCGUUAGCGUCAGAAUGUGUAGGUUUCAAACUAAUAAAAAGUGCCUUAUUCAAUUAAAGAACAAAAAAGA